CACUCGGACUAACGUGAAUGGACGCCGCAGCGGCCGCUCGCCACUAUGGAAGGCCCAGCCGAGUGACCUUUAGCGCCAAGAACCCUUUGUCGACCUGAUUCGAGGAGUCGUCCGUCCGCUUGACGAGAGUUUCUACUAUCAAACAAACAAACCCCGAACCCUCCCACACCAACGGUAUCGAGGAUGCGGAGGAGAUUUGAGGAGAUGCCGACAGAUGUGUGGAUGUCCUUGCUGCUGGUGUGGAUUACUUUGCUUUCCUGCGUGUCAACGAUCCCCGUCGGAGGCGGCGAGACUGCGGCCGGUCCCGGCGAAGGACAGCGACUGCUGAACCGAGCCAAGAGAGGAUGGGUUUGGAACCAAAUGUUUGUGCUGGAAGAAUUUUCUGGACCCGACCCAAUCCUGGUUGGCAGGCUCCACACGGACUUGGACGUAGGCGGCAAGCGCAUCAAGUACGUGCUGGCCGGCGAGGGAGCCGGCACCAUCUUCGCCAUCAACGAGCUGACGGGCGACAUCCACGCCAUGAAGAGGCUGGACCGCGAAGAGAAGGCCGAGUACACGCUCACGGCCCAGGUCAUUAACGCAGACACCGACGAGCCGCUGGAGCCGCCGUCCGAGUUCAUCAUCAAAGUGCAAGACAUCAACGACAAUCCGCCGCAGUUCAUCGAGGGUCCUUAUCGAGCGUCCGUGGCCGAGAUGUCGGCGGUCGGUACCCCGGUGACCCAGGUGACCGCCACCGAUGCUGACGACCCGGUUUACGGCAACAGCGCCAGGCUAGUCUACAGCAUCCUGGAGGGGCAGCCCUAUUUCUCCGUGGACCCCAACUCAGCCACCAUCAAAAUCGCUCUCCACGGGAUGGAUCGAGAAAUGCGAGAGGAGUACCUGGUGGUCAUCCAGGCCAAGGACAUGGGCGGUCACAUGGGCGGCUUAUCCGGGACCACCACCGUCACCAUCACCCUCACCGACAUCAACGACAAUCCACCUAAAUUUUCAAAAAAUUUGUACGAGUUUGUGAUCCCGGAAAACCUUCCCAUCGGGCAGACGGGAGGCAAAGUAAAGGCCAAUGACCGGGACAUGGGCGAAAAUGCCAAAUCCACCUACGACAUCAUCGAUGGUGACGAGCAAGGCGUAUUUGAAAUCGUCAUCGACCCGCAAACCCAAGAAGGCAUCCUGCGACUCAAAAAGGUAUUAGAUUUUGAAAGCCGGAGGACGUACACGCUCAAAGUGGAGGCCACCAACGUGCAGUCAGACCCCGGAGGCGGCAUUGGCGGUCCCUUCAAAGAUACGGCAACGGUUAAGAUUGUCGUGGAGGACGCCGAUGAGCCGCCCGUGUUCUCCAAGUCAAUCUACACGCUGGAAGUCAAUGAAAAUGCGGCCGUUAAUACCGUCAUCGGCACUGUUGGUGCCAGGGACCCGGACUCCAGCAGCAGUCAAGUCAGGUACUUUAUUGACCGUCACACGGACCUGGAAAGGCAGUUCAACAUCAACGUUGAUGAUGGCAAGAUCACGCUGGCCAAACCAUUGGACCGCGAGACGGACAUGUGGCACAACAUCACCGUCACUGCAACUGAAGUCCGUAACCACAGUCAGAUAUCCCGGGCGGUGGUUGCCAUCCGGGUCAUGGACAUAAACGACAACGCCCCGGAGUUCGCCACCGAAUAUGAAGCCUUUUUGUGUGAAAAUGGAAAACCCGGGCAGGUGAUCCAAACGGUCAGCGCCGUGGAUCGAGAUGACCCAAUCCAGGGUCACUACUUUGAAUACCGUCUGGUCCCCGAGAUGCUCAACAAUCCCAACUUCACUAUUAAAAACAACCAAGACAACUCCAUUAGCGUCCUAGCCAAGCACGACACAUUCCGGCGACAGAAACAGGAGAUGUACUUCCUGCCCAUCGUGGUGACGGACAACGGUAGCCCGCCCAUGAGCAGUACCAACACGCUGACCAUCCGGGUGUGCGGCUGCAGUAAGGACGGAAUCGUGCAGUCCUGCAACGUAGAGGCUUACGUCCUUCCCAUCGGACUCAGCAUGGGAGCGCUCAUCGCCAUCUUGGCCUGCAUCAUCUUGCUCUUAGUAAUAGUGGUGCUCUUCGUGACGCUACGGCGACACAAGAACGAGCCGCUCAUCAUUAAGGACGACGAGGACGUGCGUGAAAACAUCAUCCGCUACGACGACGAGGGCGGCGGCGAGGAAGACACCGAGGCCUUCGACAUCGCCACCCUGCAGAACCCGGACGGCAUCAACGGGUAUCUCCCGCGCAAGGACAUAAAGCCCGACCUGCAGUUCAUGCCCCGCGCCGGCCACCACUCGGGCCCCAACGGAGUAGACGUGGACGAAUUCAUCAACGUGCGGCUGCACGAGGCUGACAAUGACCCCACGGCGCCGCCCUACGACUCCAUCCAGAUCUACGGCUACGAGGGCCGGGGAUCGGUCGCCGGUUCGCUCAGCUCGCUGGAGACCACCUCGUCCGACUCGGACCAGAACUAUGACUACCUCAGGGAGUGGGGCCCUCGCUUCAGGAGACUUGGGGAACUCUACUCGGUGGGCGAGAGCGAUCGCGAGACCUGACCUGAAAAAAAAAACCAUAAGACUUUCGGAAUCUUUUUUUCUCUACCGUUCACGUGUGUAUUAAGCGCUAGAGUUCUAUCGGCUUUUAGAAACAGAAAACAAGGAGAAGAAAAAAAAAAAACACGGGCCACUUUUUUUGUAUUCUUCCUAGAGUUGAGGUCUAGCAGUCAUCCACAUUGUAAUCGUUGAGCCGAAACAAACCGUCUUUUUACUAGGAGAUUCUUGUGGGGUGUAAAAACUUUAGAUUCCGUUGUGGAGUGUCUAGCAGUGUUUUGGGUGUUAGUCAUUGCCGUGACUUCCAGUAGCAGAGAGCCGCAAGGUCAGCGAAUCUCGAACGGACUUUAAAGCAAUACGUGGUCUAACUUGCAACAAUGAAUGUAUGAGAGGAUUUGAACGACAGAAAAGAAAAAAAGACAAAAAAAGAGUGUUGGCUUUGACAAAAAAAGUGACUUUGUUAUCAUUUGAUAUGUUCUCUCUAUGGUGGCCACAUUUAUAAAUUGCGCUUUAUACAACUAUUUGUAUUUACAUGCUACGGUUGGCGCGUUGCCAUUGAGCUAUAAAAAGACGUGAGGACAACAACAACAACGAAAAAAUGUAGAAUCUCUGAGGCCUUCUUUUUACAGAAGCAAGUUCAAUUGAAACCUAAUGCUUUGUUUUUUUUGUGUUGAUUGUUCAUUACCUUUCAAGAGUUUUUCUACAUCUUUUCCUUUCCAUCCUCUUCAAAUAAGUGGGCUUAGUCCAAGAUAAACACCGGUUGCGGCGUUAGCAUCUUUCUGCUGACCGCUAACUCAGCAUUUGAUUCGCCAGGACAAAAAAAGACGCAAAUCCGUAUGCGUCCAUGUGCAUAUUGUGCGUACAUUGUAUGAUACGAGUAAAGAAAAAUAUUGGCUUGUGCUGUACAUAGCAUUUCUGCUAACAUCAUUAGUUUCAGACGAGGCUGGUAGAGAAUUUCAAAUUUCCGAAAACAGAAGACUCGACGGUCUUCCGCUCACUUUUUCUGCUGUGCGUUCAAAAGCUUAUUAGUGUGUAUGUUCAAUUAUUUACUCCCCUGUAUUGUAAUCUCUCCAGAUUACCCUGUAUUGUU